AUGAAGAUUCUCUUAUCUUUACUCGUUUUUCAAAAUAUUACAACAUAUUUUGAUAAUUUUAAAAAUGCUGCCAUUAUAGAAAACAAUGGAGGAAACAUUCAAUAUAUCAAUGAAAACAUCGUUAGCAGCAUAAAUAAGAUAAGUAGACAGUUAAAUGAGGAUAUAGAACUUAGUAAAUAUGAUUUGAUUACAGACAAAUAUUAUUAUGAUUCUAAUGCCCAAAAGGAUUAUUAUGAUGCAAAAGAAUUCAAAAGGGAUUUAGGCUCUUUUGGAACUGACAAUGAAAAUAAAAAUAAAGAAAGCUUUUUAAAAGAUAAUAAUGAAAAAGACAACGAUGAAAAUGGUAAAAGCUUCUUAGAAACUGAUGAGUAUGAUGACGAUAAUGAAAAAGAUGAAGACAACGAAUAUGAAGAAAGCUUCUUAGAAACUGACGAAUAUGAUGAAGAAGCUGACAAUGAAAAAGAUGAAGACAAUGAAUAUGAAGAAAGCUUUUUGGAAACUGAUGAAUAUGAUGAAGAAGCUGAUAAUGAAAAGGAUGAAGAUGAACAUGACGAAAGCUUUUUAGAAGCUGACGAAUAUGAUGAAGAAGCUGAUAAUGAAAAUGAUGAAGAUAAUAAAAAUGAAGAAAGCUUUUUAGAAGCUGACGAAUAUGAUGACGAUAAUGAAAAUGAUGAGAGCUUCUUAGAAACUGAUGAAUAUGAUGAAGAAGCUGACAAUGAAAAAGAUGAAGACAAUGAAUAUGAAGAAAGCUUCUUAGAAACUGACGAAUAUGAUGAAGAAGCUGAUAAUGAAAAGGAUGAAGAUAUGGAUGAUGACAACUAUGCAAAUAAUAUUAAUUCAUCAAUAACUGCUCAAUCGUUUAUUGAAACAAACGACAUAUAUUCCGACGAUUUAUUUGAUAGUGAAGAAACUAUAAAAGAUGCUGUUAAAAAAGGAAACAAAAAUAAGAAUUCAAGCGCAAGCUCAAUAAAUGAUAGUACUAAAGACAUGAUUAAAAAAUUAAAUAAAACUGGAAGCACCGAAUUUAAAAACAACCAAUCACUAAGAAGUCACAAUAAAAAUUCAACAAAAUCAAACAUUGAGGACAUAAAAGCUAAAAAUACCAAAAAUAACAUGGAUCAAACAAAUUUAGAAGAACAUGGAUUCUUAAAUGAUGAAUUUGCAUCCGAUAUGAUGCCUAGUGUUUUUGAUGCUGUUGCACCAAAAUUCCAUAAAAAAGAAAAAUUAGGCAAUGAAUCUACCAAAAACAAUUUAAAAAGUAACACCUCCGCUAAAAAUCUAAAACAUGUUCCUUAUAAAAGAGGAGAAAACCAAAUAUUCCCUCAUAUACACACAGAUGCUUAUAAAAAAAAUAAAAAAUUAGACGAAAUAUUGGAAGAAUAUGAGAAAGAGCUUUCAGGUGACGAUAUGAUGGAGUUAGAAAGCCACAAUGAAGAAGAUACCCCCAUAAUUGGCGAAACAGACGAUCCUGAUAAUGAUGAUGAUCCAAAUGAGCCUAAUUCUAGUUCCAUAAGUUUCUUAAGCUCUCUCACACUUAUUAUUUUAGGACUUUUAUAUAUAAUGAACUAA